UCUUGCUUGCUUUGGAGCCCCAUCUUCUUCUCUUUCUCUCGAAGCCCUAGAAAGAGAGAGAGGAGCAUAAAAGCGAAGCCCUAGCCCUAGUUUUGGUUCUUGGGAAGCAAUGGCAGCCAUUGUGGAUGGGGAUUGACAGGAUCGGAAGGCAAUGGGGAAGGGUGAAGAUGAGCAGAGUGCUGCUGAUGGGCGGUUGUCGGUGGAGGAGUCGGAGAGGAAUGCUGGAGACCCUUGUCCUCCUUGCAGAUCGAUCGGGAGGAUCGUGGGACUUCGAUGUCUGGCUGCGUUGUUUCUUGGGUGUGCGGUGUUGUUGUCGGCUGUUUUCUGGCUGCCGCCUUUUCUUGGGGCGGAUCAUAAGGGGAGGAGGAGGAGUCCGGAGCUUGAAGCUGAUAUAGUUGCGAGUUUUAUUCUUCACAAGCCUGUGGAUUUCCUGAAGGCUAAUGUUGCGAAGCUUGAAUAUGACAUCUUUGAAGAAAUUGGUGUACCUAAUUCCUCGGUGGUUCUUAACUCGCUGGAACCCAUACCUCAUUUCAAUUGGACUAAUGUGGUGUUUGGCGUAUGGCCUUAUCCCAAAAAUUCAAGCAUACCUUCAUAUGGGCUAAGCCUUCUUAGGUCUUCGUUUAUGGACUUGGCUGGUCAUGCGUCAACACUACACGUAACUACUUCUUUGUUUGGGAAUUCUUCCUUCUUUCAAGUGCGAAGGUUCCCUGAUGGAUUUACAGUUAUUCCCAAACAAAGUGCUUUUCUUCUGCUGAAGCCAGAAGUGCUUUUCAAUUUCACUUUAAAUUUCCCUAUCUUCCAAGUACAAGACAAAUUUGUUGAACUGAAAGCCCAGAUGAAGUCAGGACUGCUUCUCAAUUCUUAUGAGAACCUGUAUGUUCGUUUGACAAAUUUAAAGGGUUCGACAAUUGAUUCACCAACAAUUGUUGAGACCUCUAUUGUACUUGCAGUUGGAAAUCGUCCACCUUCAAUGCCAAGGUUAAAGGAGCUGGCUCAAACCAUACGAAAUUCUUCAGGGGGAAACCUUGGUCUAAAUCACACUGUAUUUGGUAGAGUAAAGCAGAUUCGCUUAUCUUCUUUUCUUCAGCGUUCUCUUUAUAGUGGCUCAAAUGGCAAUGCACCGAGUCCAGCUCCUCAAUUUAGCCCAAACCGCCACCACCACCACCACCAUCACCAUCACCGACACCACUCAGAUGUGCAUAUGGCUCCUGCACCUGCCCCACAAUAUCACCAUAGAGCUCCACCUCCUGUUGCUUGCCGCUCUCGAAUUUGGAGCAAGUCGAAUCAGGCUCAUCUAGUUCCUGUUGCUGCUCCUAGGGCACUUCAUCAUCAUAAGUCUGUUGAUUCAGUUCCAUCUCCUGCGCCAGUGGUAUCUAGCCCCGAACAGUUUGCUCCACAACCACAGGAUGAUUCAUCUGCCCCCACACCUCAUUUGUUUCCCUCAUCACCUCUGCCUGCUGUAUAUUUUUCUCGUGCGCGACCUCCAAGUGAUAGUGUGACGAAGCCUCCUAAUGGAAUGCCAUCAAUUUCACCAUCUAUAUUUUCAUCAUCAUCGAUCGCAAUCUGGCCUUCUAUGCAUUGGGGCAUUAUUCCUCUCCUGUUUUUCUUGAUGCUUUUAUGACAAAUUAAGGGAACGUUUUGAUCCAGUGUCCCUUUGGUUCUGAGGAAGCGGCUUACAAAUCUGCAAUGCUGUACAAGAGACUGAUGUUUGCAACUCGGCACGACCAGAAAAAGAAGUCAAUGUGCCUCUUGUCCAGGUGGUAUUUUCCUGUGCAUGUAAAUAUGAAAAUAUAAUGCAGUCCAUCAAAUGUGUUUUAGGUCAAAGCCACAGAAGUGGCAGGCCCUUGUUAACAAAUAUCACUGCUGUUGUUGUGUAUUAUUACUGUUAUUAUGCAGAGAUCAAGGGAGAAGAAGAAAAUGUUACACCCCUAAUAACCGGGUGUUCGCUCCCGAAGGGGAGUGUGUUAAUGUUCUAUGAAAAAGGCAUGUAUUUUCUGUACCUUGAUCCACCAAAUUAUUUUGUUGGUUCAUCAUCUGGCAUUCGAAGAAAAUAUAAUCAUUUUAUGGUGGUUCA